AUGCCACCGAAACAAAGUUAUAAACAAAUAUUAAUCAUCAAAAUAUUUGUUUCUGGUAAAAAAGAGUUGACAGAGGAGAAACAAUAUUGUUUGAUGAUGCCAAUGUUAUUAUCGAUUCUUUCAAAUAUCGAUGGUAUUGCUCGUGGUGACCUUAUUGAUAGGAUUGUCCUCAACCUAUACAAUUUACAUGGUUCAAAGAAUCAAAAGUCGAUAAAGAAAAUGACCCUUCAGAUCAUUAAAACGUUGAUCGAGGUGUUGGACAGACAUUGUGAAACGGGGUUCAAAGACACUUCAAGAACAAAAAGCAUCAUUUUUGAUUGCUUGUUGUUUAUGGCCACACCCACCAACUUUACCGACCAAACAGAGAGUGUCAUCAAUCAUUUAUACGAGUGGUUGGUCAACCAAUUCGAGGAUGCCCCAUUGGAAGAGUGGACAGAUAGUCGAUCCGAGAGUGGCAACUUUUACAUUUACUCUUUCGAAAAAGAUGAUGAUGAAACAGUAAAAGUAAAAAAUCAAGAAGAUCAACUCAUUGCCGCCCAUUUAGGUAUUAGACGAUUGGUGGAACUUGAUCAACGCGCUCUCGUCCCCAUUUUCAAUCGUUUAAUGACCAUGUUGGACUCUAAACUAUGGAGAGUAAGAUAUACUGCUUUGAUUAGUAUAUCUGAAUUGUGUGUAAAUACAAAUCUCAGUCACAAUAUUACAAAUCAAUUUCCAUUGGUUUUAAAGUUAGUAUUAAACUCGGUAGAUGAUGAAAAUAUUAAAGUUAGAUGGGCAAUGCUUCAUUGUUUGGGUAAACUAUCUAUUGAAAUGGGUAAAGAGAUGAAUGAAUCAAGAGUACAAAUAUUUUCUGUAAUUUCAAAAUUUAUUGAUGAUCCAAAUGAACGUAUCCAAAAUCGUUGUAGUAUGUUGAUUCUUUUACUGACCGAUUCAUUUACAAAUGAUAAUGUUGAUGAUAAUGUUUUCAAAGUAUUAAAUGGUUGGUUUGAAAUAUUACUCGAAUCAACAAAACCAUAUGUACUUGAAUGGGCAAUUCAAUCUUUAAUGUAUGUCAUUGAUAAAGUUUAUAAAAGAUGUAAAAAUUAUGUUGGAAAAUUGAUACCAAUUUUCUUUUCAUUUUUGGAAAAACCUUUUACCAAACAAUCAAAAAGGUUUUGUAGAGGUGCAAUCAAAACAUUUUCAAAAUUUUCUAUAUUUAUCGACAAGAAGAUGUUACAAAGGUUUAUGAAUGAAAUGUCUUUUGAUCCGGUUGAUAUUGUCAAGAUAUCACCUAUAUUCAUUCAAGCUAUUGGAAAGUGGUUUAAUCUAUUUACCAAUGGUGGUCAGGAUGAUUGUCGAUAUACUAGAUUAUCCACUCAAAGAAGAAAAGAAAAGAAAAAGUGUUCUCAAAGUUUUGAUAAAAAUCAUAGAUUACAAACCAUUGGCACCAUUUUAUUGGAACUAGACGACGAUCAAAUUAAAGACAUUUCCAUGGACCUCUUACCCCAAUGUAUGAAGCUGUGCAAUCUAGCACAAGUGGGUAUCGAAAAGACAAUCAAAGUGUUUGGUAGACAACUAGAUACGGUACUCGAAGAAAUUUUGGAUGAUUUCAACUAUGGCACCAUGUAUGAAUAUGUCGACUUGACAACCAACAUUAUCAAAGCAAUGGGAAAUGAUGUAAUAAUGACUUUGGAUCAAGUUGAAUCGACGCUCAACACAUUUACCGUGGUGCUGGAAAUGCUUGACUCUGAUUUUCACGACUCUGAUGUAGAGGAUAACCUCUACAGACCGAUUAGCAUGAUGAUCAAGCUUAACAGCACCGCCACAUCACCUCUCAUUACCUAUGACAUAUUGGAUCGAUGUUGCAAGAAACUUGGAGACACCAAUACUGAUGAAGUAUUUUGCAAAGGAGAAAUCCUCAACUUUUUAACCGAGUAUUGCAAACAUGGUGGUGAAAGUGCAAUCAACUCAUUUCCACAGAUCAUACCAACCAUUAUCUGGUGUCUCGUAAACCUUGAUGAUGACUGGGAUCUACGUACCGCUGCGACUGCACUUGGUGCGGCAGCACAGACUGCCAAAGAUAGGUUCUCGCCAUGGGCUACGGAAGCGAUUCAAGGAUUGGAAAAUAUGAUCCUAACAUCUACAUCCAAAGACUCUAUCCGAGCCAAAGAAGCAAUAUCAAGUAUUGGAAAAAUCAUCAGAUAUGUUCCACAAGUCGUCGUCAUCGUUGCCAACACUAUCGAUAUUAUUCCAAGAUGGUUGAAUCAUCUUCCACUCACAGUCAGGUACAGAGAAUACACGAGAGAUUCUUCUGUCAUUGAAGACCUAUGUGCGAUUGUCCAUCUCUACACCAACAAAUGUUUGGGUAAAGAUUACCAACAUGUUACUCAACUCUAUAAAAUCAUCAACCACUAUAAAAAACAACAAAUGUCAAAGAGAGUCAUAUACAUGAACUACUCAAUCAAACUUGGUCAUUGA